GUCCCUCACCAGUGAGCUCUGCUACCACUCCACCCACAACUGAGUUAUCGGGCAAGAACCUGGAGGCACGUAUCGAUGAAAGUCCCGAUCUGAAUGACCUGGCGGGAGUCAUCAUUGAGAGAGGCCCCAGUGACAGUCCACCCACAACUGAGUUAUCGGGCAAGAACCUGGAGGCGCGUAUCAAUGAAAGUCCCAAUCCAAAUGACCUGGCGGGAGUCAUCAUUGAGCGCGGCCCCAGUGAUAGUAUGUUAGAACAACUUUCCAAGUUUGAAGUUGAAGAUGCUGAAAAUGUUGCUUCGUAUGACAGCAAGAUUAAGAAAAUUGUGCGUUCAAUUGUAUCAUCCUUUGCAUUUGGAAUAUUUGGAGUUUUCCUGGUCUUACCGGAUGUCACUCUCCUCCUUGCCGACCUAAUUUUCACUGAUAGCAAACUUUAUAUUCCUUUGGGGUAUCGUUCUAUUUCUCUAGCUAUUGCCUUAUUUUUUCUCAUGGAUGUUCUUCUUCGAGUAUUUGUAGAAAGGAGACAGCAGUAUUUUUCUGACUUAUUUAACAUUUUAGAUACCGCCAUUAUUGUGAUUCCUCUGCUGGUUGAUGUCGUUUACAUUUUUUUUGACAUUAAGUUUCUUAGGAAUAUUCCCAGAUGGACACAUUUAGUUCGACUUCUACGACUUAUUAUUCUGAUAAGAAUUUUUCAUCUGGUUCAUCAAAAAAGUCAACUUGAAAAGCUGAUGAUAAGGCUGGUUUCAGAAAACAAAAGGCGAUACACAAGGGAUGGAUUUGACCUAGACCUCACUUACGUUACAGAACGUAUUAUUGCUAUGUCAUUUCCAUCUUCUGGAAGGCAGUCUUUCUAUAGAAAUCCAAUCGAGGAAGUUGUGCAGUUUCUAGAAAAUAAACAUCCAAACCACUAUCGAGUCUACAAUCUAUGCAGUGAAACAGCUUAUGAUCCUAAGCACUUCCAUAAUAGGGUCGGUAGAAUCAUGAUUGAUGAUCAUAAUGUCCCCACUCUACAUGAGAUGGUGGUUUUCACCAAGAAAUUAAAUGAGUGGAUGGCUCAAGAUCUUGAAAACAUCAUAGCAAUUCACUGUAAAGGAGGCAAAGGAAGAACCGGAACUAUGGUUUAUGCCUGCCUUAUUGCCUCUGAAAUAUUUUUAACUGCAGAGGAAAGCCUGUAUUAUUUUGGAGAAAGGCGAACAGAUAAAACCCACAGCAGUAAAUUUCAGGAACUAGAAACUCCUUCUCAGAAUAGAUAUGUUGGAUAUUUUGCACAAGUGAAACAUCUCUACAACUGGAAUCUCCCUCCAAGACGGAUACUCUUUAUUAAAAGAUUCAUUAUUUAUUCGAUUCGUGGUGUUGGAACAGGUGAUGUAUGUGAUCUAAAAUUCCAAAUAGUAAUGGAGAAGAAGGUUGUCUUUUCCGGUACUUCAUUAGGAAAUUGUUCGGUUUUGUAUUUCAGCUCUGAGCUUGACUUCAGUGGGAUUGUUCUCUGUGCAGACCUCCCUGUGUUGCCACUGUGUUUGUCUCUACUCACACUCCGUGGGGUUGGCUGUCCCAUAGCACAGUCCUGUUUGUAGGUCCUGGCCUCCCGUGGUGUGCAGCCAAGUGCUACCAGUUCCUCACCCUGAUACUGUUCCAACCACAGCCCUGAGAAAGAAGCCUACUCAGCAACAGAGCCAUGUCCACAGGCUGGAUAGAGGCUUUUCAUCUGAGUUCAGAGAGGCAGCCACUUCUUGGGUCCAAGUUUUUCUCAGGCAGCCUGAGUUCAGUUCCCCCACAUAAAGGUUGCUCACGGCCUCAACACCUUUCCAGGGUGGGAAUUCACAACUCAGCCUCUGAGGGAGGAAGACCCACAUGCCUUCACCUCCUCCUCCACCUGGCUCAUCUCUUCAGCUGUGGCAUCAGGCUGUUCCCUUUGCCUGGAACAUGCUUCUUCCAUUCACCACUCAGCUAACUCCUGAGCAUCCUUCAAGAUUCAGCUGAGAUGUGCCCUCUUCCAGAAAGCUCUCCCUGAUGACUGUACCUGGGUGAGGUGUCCUAGGUGUCCUGCUGUUUGCUGAUGUCGUGCCAGGUGUCUCUCUCCACAAUAAGUUUUCCUGUUUUCCUGUGCGGGACUGUCUGGCUCACCUUGCCUGCAGGCUCUGAGGCCCCUGAGAGCAGCCCCCAGCUUUGACUCUGUGUAUCUAGCACUGGCCCCACUGCCUGUCAUGGAGCAGGAGCACAAGAAAUGUUUCAUGAAAUUUGAAUAAAAGUAAAAGUAAUGAAGA